AAAGAAUAAAUAGGAAAAAGGAAAAGAAUAAUUAAUAGUAUGUAUAAAAUGUAAAAAAAAUGAGGAUUAUACUAAGGGAAAGAAAAUCCUGUGAAGAAGAAAAUUGCGUUAACGUGCGAUCGAACGAACGAACGAAACGAGAUGCUCGCAAAUUUCUAAGGCAGAGCAGAGCACCACUGUUUAUAGCAAUAGCAGCGCAUGCGCAAAACGCACUUCUUGCACGGAAAAUACGCGUGUACUCGCUUUGGUAGCACGACGAAGAGAAGCGGGGAACGAACGUAGUCGAGCUUUGCCGAGGGUCGAGCAGAGCAACAUCAUCGACGAGGAGAGAAGUCGGAGGCACCACCGCUCACUUUGCUUCGAGCUGUCGAACGCGACGGGCGUUAAACCUAUUCGCGUUACGCUUAUAAAUAUAUAUUUUAUAUUUAUUUAUAUUUUUAUCUAAGAUACAUUCGCAUCAAAAUAUUUAAUAACAAUCGUCUUUCAUUUUAUUCGUUCAUUUCAUACAUUGUAAACUCGCCCGCGUAAACGGCGUUUUUUAAUCUUAUCAUCGACAUCAUCUUCAUCAUCAUCAUCAUCAUCAUCCCCUUUCGACCGCGGAUCUUUUUAUACUUUUACGAUAUUAUCAUCUCGUAUAAGAAAUUUCAAAUUAUUCAACAUCGAUAAUAUAUUCUUCCAGUUUUGAUCUUUCAUAAUCGAUUGUUUUUCUUCCUAUAAUCUCACAAAUAGAUUCCUCGCGUUCGUUCGUUCAUACGUUCGUUUAUCCGUUUGUUCGUUGGUACUUUCCGAUCGAUUUUCCUUCCAUAACCUUCAGUAUAUUCUCUCGAUCAUAAAACACAUAGAGAGACAAGGCCACUUUGAUAGAGAAGCUUGUUCUUUUGUGCUAGCUUCGGUAUCCUUCCCUCUUGUCCCUGUCUCAUUUUCCCUCGAAUGACGUUCAAUUCAAUUCUGCUCGUUCUCGUUUGGAAAUGUCAAUCUGACGGUGGUAGACCUGAAGGACGAUUGUGGUUGCGAUCAGAAUGGAAAAGGCUAAAGUUACGAAAUUCUAAAAUUGCGUGAUAUAUACAAUAGGAUUCUAUUGUGAUCAGAGUUCCUGUUCACAAAUUCUGAUAAAAAUUAGGAAACGAAACGAAACGAAAGAAAACGAGACGAAAAUUACGAAAUAGGGAGAUAAAAAGCAAGAGGAUAAGGAAUAAAUGGGAAAGUAUGGAAGGGAAGAAAAAGAUAAGGAAAUAGAGAAAGGGGAGGAUAUAAGAGGGGUAGGAUAAGCAACGGGCAGCCAGAGCAACCAUUUACACCUGGCUCGAGUUCCUCGGAGGUAUAUAAGGGACACAAGGAUGUCUUCGAUGAAAGCCUGGAACUUGACGGGUCCAUCAAGCCGGUCGGUGAUUCGAGCAUGAUCGAGAAGUCGAGAGAUCCUUCGGAUUGCGAGAUGGAGGUCGCGCGGGAAAUUCUGGGAGGCCUAGUAGAAGCUACGGAUCCGAUUAUGGAGAAGCAAGAAAAGGAAACGGAUGGGAAGAAUAAAGAUGGAACAAUUGCAACAACAGCAACGCCAUUACCCUUGCAACCACCACCCCCACAACCAACAACAACAAACGCAGUAACAACGAUUUCCAGCGAAUCGAGUUUUACACUUUCAGAGAAGAUUGUUCCUGAAUGUCUUAUAGAAGAAGAAACAAAUAGGCAGGCCAAUGAAAAUGUUGAUUCACAAGCGAAGACGCCGAAUGGCGUCUGUUCAGCUUCUUUGUCACCAGGAUCGCCAUCGUCGUUGCCAUCUUUGUCUUCCUCGCCUUCGUCAUCGUCGUCGUCAUCGUUGUUAUCGAGAAAGAGGCCAGCCGGUAGCGAUUUCCUGUCGAUCGACUCCGAUAUUAAAAGAAUCGGUGUCGAGAUGUCGGAAGAAGAAACGAAUCAAUUGAGAAACGAUGUAAAGAGACUUUCGCCCGUUGAGAUAAGUCUUCGCGAAUGUACGCUAGGUGAGAUUUCAUUGACACCAGAUUCUCGAUCAUUUAGCGAAGAUGUUAACAAUGAUUUGUCGGAAAACUCACCAUUGUCUUCUAAUGUAUCGCGAAGUCGACGUAGGAAUCAACCAACACCGUUAAACAAUUUAGUUACCGAAGCAGACGAAGAUAUUAUGUGGACACGAUCAAGGUCUAGGAUCAUUAAAAUUGAAUCUACGAUUGAAAAUGAGGAGGAGUGCUCUACUACGAGUAAUAGCAUAGAAAACACGGAUAACAAUGUUCAAAGUAAAUUAAAUUAUAUCGAGGAUAAAAUGAAUGGCGACGACAACGAAGACGAUAAAGUCAAUGAACAAACUUCCAGUUACUUGUCGAAAAACAUUUUCUCUGAUGAAGACAUCGACCGGGCCAUUGAUAAUUCUAAUGCUGAAAGGUCCAACGUUAAAAAUACGAUAAAAGAGGAUAAAAGUUCUCUGCGUCAUUUGGUUGUCAUGUUGGAACGUGUAGAUAAGUCGGAUUUUAAGGAAUGUCAAAACAACGUUCUUGGUAUUAUAAAACCGAGGGAGAUUCUUGGAGAAGAAGGUACAACUACGAAGGACAAUGCGCACGAGAAGACGCAAAAGAGUUCUUUGUUGCCUCGUAAAUUGAUCGUAAUGUUAAAUCGUAUAGACAUAAAGGAAGAUUCUAUUAACAAGGAAGAAGAAGAAAAUUUGAUUCGUAGUAAUACAAUAAAAUCUAUUGAUUCUACGGUAAAUUGUCGAAGAAAAAAUGUAAAUCCGAUGGAUAAGAUUUGUACACGUUCGUCUACCCUACAAGAGCGAAUACUGGAAAACAAUAUAAAAUUGAGCGAUGAAUUUGCGGAUAAAAGUAAGAUGAUUGAUGCAUUGCCGAAUGAUUAUUUUGUAGCCGAAGAUCCUGUACGAGAGAAGGAAAAUAGUAGUGUUGACGAGAUUAAAGAUUUGCAGCCAGUUAUAAUGGUUGAGAGUAUGAAAAUCAAAGUAUCGGAAACGCCGAGAAUACUUCCUUCUUCGACUACGCCUAUUGUGGAUAAAUAUGACAGUCAAAUUUCGUUGGAGAUAGGUGGAUCAUCUUCUAACGAAGUUAAUCGUUACUCAAUAAGAAGUAAAACAAAAACUGUCGUCGAGGAGCUUGGUGAGAAGGAAGAAUUGCGAAUUGAAAAAAAUGUUGCGAGGAGAGGCAGCGUGGUACAGAUAUCAAGUAAAGAAACAACGAUUUCUCGUGGUGUGCCAGUGGUUAUAAAGAAAAUUGAAAACGAGGUAGAAAUCGUACUGGUGGCGUCUUCGUCUUUGUCAAACGAAGAUGAUCGUCUGCGAAUUCUCGACUCGUCUGAUUUGGAUUCGUCCGAGACAGCGACACCAGGCUCACCCGGGGAAGCACUGGAAGCUAGUACCGAUAUCCAAGAGGCGAUCGAUACCGAAACGGAAACCGAGACUGGAUCAGACAGUUCCGAGUUGCCAUCGUCAAUGUCGACCGUUCGUAUUCGCGGUACUAGUUGCGAGAGAGAAGAUAUCACCGAUGCAGCCAAUUGUCAAGAAAACGAAAACCUCUGCUGCGACGAGAUAGCAUCCGAGAUAAUAACCAGACUUGAACCAGAAAAGCCAGAACCUUUUACCGAGGAUUCCGCGGAGAGUUUGGCAUUGACGACUGGUGCAAGAGACGAAGUUAGAUCCGACGGUAGUGAUUCUGGCCUUGGAAGUGAAAUACCUGGAGAUCCUGGUCCAGCCCCAGCUCCAGAAAGUGAUUCGGAGACUUCCUUUCUCGAUAGAAUACCAGAUGAUAUUCUCUCCGACAAGGAAAAAGCUGUUAACCAACUGGAGGAAAGUUUUGUAUCAGACACGAGUGUCCCUGGGGUAUCGCAGACUACAUUAACGACCUUUCGAAGCCCUUCGAAAAGCAAUCUCAAACGUAGACUGACCGACUGCAUGGAAGAAAGUGAACCGAGUCCUAAAAGAAGCAAUACUACUGAGGAGCCUAUAAAAAAGAAACGAAAUAUUCAUUUUGAUGCCGUCACCGUUUACUACUUUCCUCGAGCGCAAGGUUUCACUUGUGUUCCUUCACAAGGCGGUAGUACUCUAGGCAUGAGUGCAACCCACACGCACGCGGAAAGAUUUUCUCUUUCCGAACAUGCGGCCGAGCAAAGGAGACUGCAUCGGGCUAGAUUGGCGCAACUACGUUCCGAACGUGCAGCUAAUUGUACUACAGAGGCUGCUUCUAGUUCGGAAGAUCCGAGCGACGAUACCGACGAAGAACCUAGCGACAAUGAAGAGCUCGAUAUCGACAGCUAUUAUUUUCUACAGCCUGUACCAACGUGGCAAAGACGAGCACUUCUUCGAGCAGCCGGUGUACGUAGGAUAGAUGCCGUUGAGAAGGAUGAAUGUCGGGACAUCCGUGCGAGCCGAGAACACUGUGGCUGCGGAUGCAAGGGAUAUUGCGAUCCGGAAAGUUGUCCUUGCAGCAGAGCAAACGUCAAGUGCCAGGUCGAUCGUGCCGGUUUUCCUUGCGGUUGUACCCGGGACGGUUGUGCCAACAGCUCCGGUAGGAUAGAAUUUAAUCCGGUAAGAGUGCGGACACAUUUCAUACACACAUUGAUGCGGCUCGAAUUAGAGAAGAAGCAACGCGACGAAGAAGCAACAGAUCACGAGAGCACCGACAAUCAGAAUAACAAAAGCGGACCAUUGCGAGAUAUCAAUUUGGUUUCUAUAAUAGACAAUUCAAAUACGGAAACGUGUAUAACCGGUGGUGGUUUUACAACGUUACACUAUGAAAAUCAUGAUACCGGUAGUAGUUCAAAUUGUCAAACAGAAGUAUCUGGUACGCGAGAAGAUAGUUUAGAUCUUUAUGCUAUAAGAGACGAUUGUUAUCCUAACGAAGAUACGGUUGAUGGUACGCAGACUGGCCAAAGAAAAUUGCAUCCCGAAUUUAAUCAAAGUUUUCAAACGUUUUCGGGCCAAACAGCAGGUGCAAAUAUGAAUUUUCAACAGACCGCUUAUCAGGAUUAUCAGGCUUAUACAAAUAUUCCUUCUACGUCUAGGGUGCAAUUUCAGGCGCAAUUUCAACCGGUGUCGGGAAGCCCAGGUUUUUCGCAUUACGCGGUCUAUGGGCAAGAUGGCACAUCUGUGCAGGACAGUUGUCAGAUACAUCCUGGACAACAUCCUUCCAAUUACGAGGCAAACUUCGCGCAAGACGAAUCGACCGGAUCGCAAUAUACAAAUUUGAAUUCCGUUCAACCUAUGAACGGUGGAGUCCAACAGAUAGGUAAGCUAGAACCGUUCUCGGAAUUGCUAUCCGGUAGGUACUCGUAUUAUGGCGAAAUAGAGCCGCAAGCGCAUGGUACUUAUCAUGGAAAUGGAAAUAAGGAAGGAGAAAAGAAUCAAACGACGGAUGAGCAACAAUCGCAAAGUACGGAGGAAUGUGACGAGAAUUUUGGAGAAAUCAUAAAGAAAUCUAUGGUGGAGACUGUGUCCGCUUAGAUCUAUUCAUUUACGUUAAUAUGAUAAGUGAGUGUUUGGUGUCAUCGUCUAAUGGUGAUUUGAGACUGACAAAAAACAUCUCCUGUAUUGCGACAAUUGCAUCUUGGUGACAUAUAUAUAUAGAUAUAUUUAUAUAUAUAUAUAUAUGUAUAUAUAUUUUCAAGAGCUUGAUAAUCCGUCGAUGAGUUUCGAUUAAAGCGAAGAAGAAAUUUUUUCUAUAGAGGAAGAAGGAUAUUGGAACUGUUCCGUUACUUCUACAUUGUGCGAUUAGAUAAAUCCGAUUUUAUUGUUGUUCGUGAUUUUUCGAAAGAAUUAUCUUUUUCUUUCGUCAAGGAUCACUGACGAUGAACGAUGAGUCCCAUGGAUAUCGUUAGAAAAAAUAUUGCGGCUACAUAUGCGUCCGCCCGGGAUGGAAAUUUUGGAACGUCCUUCUUGAAUAGUUUAUACCGAAAUCCCCUGGGGUGCUUCUUCGAAGUCGAGAAAAUGAUGACGAUGAUGAUAGAUACACUGGAAGAAAUACGGUAUCGAAGAAAUACCAAGAGAAUCCGGGGCCUCGCCUCAUUUUUCGCCGAAGGAUUAUUCAAUAGGAAGGUCUCCGUCGAAAAUCUUUUUGGAGAACAGAUACUCGUUUGAUUCCAAACAAUUAAGAUAAAACAUGAAAAGAAAAAAAGAAAUAAAGAAAAAAAAAUUUAACAAAAAAGAGAAAAGAUAAAAGAACGGAACGAAAAAAAGAAAAGAAAAACUAAAUAAAAGAAAAAGAAAAUGGCGGUUAUGUUACCGAAGUAGAGUAGGUAAUUAACGUGGUUGUGACCAAAUAAACAACAUGGGAUCAGCAUAGAAAUGCGGUUUAUAAUUAACUAGCGAUAUAAAUACUUGUAAACGUAGCUCAGAGCGAACGGUAUGUCUCUUUUUAAAAGGGAUACUUUGGAUUAUAUAAGAAAAGCAACAAAAACAAUUUAUAUAUAAAUAAUUAUCUUUUUGUUUUUUAUUUUAUCCGUUGGUUAUAUUUCUAGAUUGAAUUAAAGAAAAAACAAAAUGAAAACAUAAAUUAAAUGAAAAUAAAUCACAAAUUUCUAAAAUGUGGAAUGAAACAAAAAACAAAAUAAGAAAUAAAAAAGAUUAUUACGCGCAUCCACGGUUAUAAACACAAAUACGACGACAACAUGAACGAUUGUGAUACUCAUGCGUAUAAUGCAGUCUUGCACACACACACAAUGGUCAUAGAAUAUAAGAGAUAUCUCGCGAAACUUUUAUAUGCGUGAUCGAGAGAUCGCAUUUGAAAAAUGGUCUUUUCGAUCGUCGAUUUACACCUAUUAUUCGAUAAUAGAAGAUACAUUUAGAUCAUACUUGUACAGUGUCCACGUUUAUUAAACGAAAAAGCAAGCACAAACGUCGAAAAAAAAAAUUAAGAAAGAAAAAACGGCCAUUUGUAAUAACGCCAAAAAAGAUGAAGAAGAGGAAGUAAAAAGUUCAAGGUGCUGAUAUAUAACUGACGCGCGCGUAUGUCAUUUUAAAAGUUUAAGCGUAACUUUUGAUCGAAUGUUUUUUUUUCUCACAUAUGCGUUACCUUGAAAUAGCAAUUUUCUCUCUCUCUCUCUCUCUCUCUUUCCUUCCUUUGGAUUUGUUUUUUUUUUUGCGUUUACAUACGUUUACAUACGUUUACAUACGUAUACAUUCAUAUACAUAUACAUAGCGUAUAUACAUACGUUACAAAUACAUACGUAUUUAAAAAAGAAAGUCUCGGAGAUCGAAGGCCUUAGAAUAAAAUGACAGUCUCUGACAAAUUAAACGAUUUGAUUUAAAAGAAAACAAAAGUAAAGAACAUUAAACAGAAAAACAAUGAAAUUCGUGCUAUACGUAGAUGUCAAUUUUUUUUUAUUAAUUUUGUCUUUUUUUUUUAUACAUACAUAUUUUCUCUUUUUCUUAUUUUUUGCGGCACAUGUCAACACGUAUUCUUAAAUACACCCAGUAGAUUUUUCGACACAGAUCUUUUCAACAUCCCGGGACGUUGAUCGCUAAUACCCAUAAUUCAAAUAAUUCUACGUAAGGAAACAAUGAUAUAUAUAUAUAUGAGAGGAUUAGUAUUAAAUUUAUACAUACUUAUUGUGUGGACGUGUCAACUCCCAAACUCCUUCUACAAAGAAUUGUUCCUUUAAUCCUACCCUUGUUAUUUAUUUUUGUUCUCAUUGAUCGGUGCCUAAACGAUUAAUAUAAUUCGUGUAUUUUGGACGAGCAUUUUACAAAAAUAAAAAAAAGAAAUAAUAAAUAAAUAAAUAAGGAAAAGGAAAAGGUCCGUCAUUAUAAAAAAACAAAAAAAAAAAAAAAUACAAAAAUAAAGACGUGUCUCUGAGAAGAAGGAGCGAGAAACGUCGUUUAAUACGCGUUAUGUGGGAUGUGACACUUCCUAAUGGCAUAUAAAUAAUACAUAUAAGCACGUAUGUAAGUAACUUUUAGAUUAUUUGAGUAAAAAAAGGCAUACAUA